GCUCACCUCAAGCGCGGCAAGGGCAAGGAGACGGCCACCGCCGCACGUCUACGCGCGCCGCUCCAUUCCCUCUCCCACCUCCAUCGUCUCACAAGCACUCCCAACUCACGCUCAAGCACACACCUCACGACUCCUCGUCGCGCCCAGCUUCUGCUCACAUCUCGCGCCGCUGUCACUGCGCCUCGCUCCGUCCGCCGCGAGCCGCCCGCUCCUACCCGCACCCGCGCCCGCCUCGGCACCGCGCCGCGCCUGCUGCGCGCCACUGCUGCCAUGGAGAACUACCAGAAGAUUGAGAAGGUCGGCGAGGGCACGUACGGCGUCGUGUACAAGGCCAAGGACCUGACGCCCGGCGCCGGCGGGCGCAUCGUCGCGCUCAAGAAGAUCCGCCUCGAGGCCGAGGACGAGGGCGUGCCGAGCACGGCAAUCCGCGAGAUCAGCCUGCUCAAGGAGCUCAAGGACGACAACAUCGUCCGGCUGCUCGACAUCAUUCACCAGGAGUCCAAGCUCUACCUCGUCUUUGAGUUCCUCGACCUCGACCUGAAGAAGUACAUGGACAAUGUCGGCAGCACCCCGGACGGCCUGGGCCCGGACAUGGUCAGAAAAUUCACGUUUCAGCUCAUCCGCGGCAUCUACUACUGCCACGCGCACCGCAUCCUGCACCGCGACCUCAAGCCGCAGAACCUGCUGAUCGACAAGGAGGGCAACCUGAAGCUCGCCGACUUUGGCCUCGCGCGUGCCUUUGGCAUUCCGCUGCGGACAUACACGCACGAGGUCGUGACGCUCUGGUACCGCGCUCCCGAGGUUCUCUUGGGCUCGCGGCAUUACAGCACGGCCAUCGACAUGUGGAGCGUGGGCUGCAUCUUUGCGGAGAUGGCCAUGCGGGCACCGCUCUUCCCCGGCGACUCGGAGAUCGACGAGAUUUUCCGCAUCUUCCGGACUCUGGGCACGCCGACGGACGAGGAGUGGCCGGGUGUCAAGAGCCUGCCCGACUACAAGUCGUCGUUCCCGCAGUGGAGCGGCGUGCCAUUGACAAAGGCCGUGCCCGCGCUCGACGGCCACGGCAUCGACCUGCUGCGCGGCAUGCUGGUCUACGACCCGGCCGGACGUGUCAGCGCCAAGCGGUGCCUCGACCACCCGUACUUCCAGGCUGCGGCCGCGUGAGCUGCGCCAGCUCCAUCACUCCGCCUCUCCUCGGCCGCGCCCCGCAGGUGGCCCUCUUCUUUCCGCAUGAGAAUCCCUCUCCUGCCUCAGUCUCUCGCUAUUGUCUUGUGCUCACUCUUCUACUCAACCCGAUCGGCUCCCCCAUGUAUCGCAUCCCGCUCACCAUCUAUCCUCAUGGCCGCGCCUGUCACGUCCGACUGGCCGCGACGCAGCCGCCUCACGGCACAUCUGCACUAUAUGCGUCAUCGCGA